UAUAUUACAGACGUCUCUCUACCAUUUGACAACACAGCAGAUACAAUUAAUAAUGUCUCAACAAAACAUAGGUGGUGCAAGCUCUUCAAACGAUGAAGGAGCAGCAGGUAGCAGUAGGGAACAAGACCGUUUGUUGCCUAUAGCUAACGUUGGUCGCAUAAUGAAAAAUAUUCUUCCACCAAAUGCAAAAAUAUCAAAAGAAGCAAAAGAAACAAUGCAAGAAUGUGUGUCUGAGUUUAUUGGAUUUGUGACUGGUGAAGCAUCCGAUAAGUGUAGAAAAGAGCGUCGGAAGACGGUCAACGGCGACGACAUUUGUUGGGCUUUAGGAACAUUAGGGUUUGAUGAUUAUAGCGGAGCUUUGAAGAGAUAUUUACAUAGAUAUAGAGAGAGUGAAGGUGAAAAAGUUAAUCAAGAACAAGCAGGAGGAGGAGGAUCAGGAUCUAAUCAACCAAGAAAUUUUCUUGAUUAAUUAUAUAAUAUUAGGGUUUUUAUUUUCAAUUCUCCAUUUUUACUAUUCAAUUUGUUUUAAUGGAAUCAUAUACAAUAAACACAUCCAUCAUUUUCAAAGUUAA